GCUGCCUGUUGGUAAUUUAUCGUUUGCGGACGGCUGUCUUGCGCCACCCGUGCCCCCACAUCCACGCUCACGCAGAAACGCACAUCCAAGUGAUGUACACACAUACACACACAUUCCACCGGUGACUCUGUAGUCAUCGCCUUGCUUCCAGACACCGACGUGCUUUUGGAUUUAGCAGCCGGUGCCUCCUCUCAGCGAUGGUGUAAGGAGCUGCCAGAGGCAACUGGAGUUAAUGUGAGACCACUUAUACUGAGAUGUUAGUCCCUUCCAAUUAGCAUCAACUCUACAAGGAUGGGGAUUUAAAGGAGUGUUAGGUGUUCUACAAUAAACGGGACUAACUGACAGAAGAACCUAAGGCAUCGUGAUUUUAUUUUGGUAAGUUAAAUUUGUGUUUUGAGCUAAUCAAUAAAUUCAUGUCUUUAGCGUCAGCAAGGGAAAACAACAGUGUUUGGUAGCUUUGUACAUGAAUGAAUUUACCCUGACUAGAGAAAUCACUUUGUUGAGCUGAGAAUGCUAAUUAAAAGUCAGUGCUCUAGUUCAGACAUUAGCUCUGCUGCUCUGACUGCAGCAGGCAGCUGCUCAGUCACUACCUAAUGCUAUUGUUAUUGUACUUUUAUUAUGAAUAUUAUACUGUAAGAGCAAUAGGCUGGACACUUAUGCAGAGAUCAUAAGACUAAUAAGUGACGAGUAACACUAUUCUUUAUAAAAGUACAUAAUAGAACAUAAUAUUUAUAUUCUGAGACCAAGUCAUGAUAUUUGAUGUGUUAGGUUAAAAUUGUUUAAUGUUUUGAUUGAAGAACAGUAUGUUUUUCUCUUUUUUCCUGCAGGUGACCACGAUUCAGAAUCAGGACAAGAAACCUGUUCCUGGUUCAUGUCAUCUUAGCAACUUUGCUAUUAAAAAGCACCAAUUGCUCCAAGAGUCUGUAGCUCUCUGCUCAGGGACAGUCUUCUGCAGCCCUUCUGUGAUCACAGGCCUACCUGGCAUUUCUCAUCCAUAUCCUUCUUCUUUCCAUUCACCCAUCUUUCCCCGUCAUGAAAGGCCUGUCCAGUAGCCGGGGUCACCAUCAUGUGGUCUCCUAUGAACCAUCAUAUGAUCCACUGGGUCACCAUGUUGACCGCAAGCCAUAUUUGAUCAGUCAGAUGGACAUGCCUGUGCCCAUUCCCAUGCCACAUCCAGCUGAGCUGCCCUACUACAAUGCUCAGCGUACCUCAUACCCCUCUGACAGCAACAGCAUCGUCCCAUAUGGAACCUUCCCCAGGAGGUGCCACUCUACCUCCUCAUCUCACCAUCCUGAGGUAAAGGAUGAGUGUAUGGCCAUGGUACCAUAUGUAGGAGGUGGAGGAGGAGGAGGUGGUGGAGGAGGAGGAGGUGGAGGAGGCUAUGGGGGUAAAACGCCCACUCGGGUACCAGCAAACUUUGUGGACCCGUUUGAGCGUCAGCCAUCAUUUUCCAGAGAUGGCUACCAUACAUUGCAAUACAAACGAGGAGUGCAGGCCCACAGUGGGGGGAUGGGGGCCAACAACAACAAUGACAGUCCAGGGAGAAUUCGCCAUCUUGUCCACUCAGUCCAGAAACUCUUCACCAAGUCACAUUCAUUGGAAGGGCCACACCACACACAGUCCUCCAAGGGGGCCAAUAAUGGGAGUGUUAAUGGUGGUGGUGGUGGCGGUGGAGGAGGUGGUGGUGGUGGCUCGAGGGCCAGCCCAGAAGGUGAAACUCCACCAGUGGGAGUGCGCCACCGGAAACGCAGUAAGAGCCGUGAGCGCUGUAGAUCAGCAGAGCCCAAGCAUCGAAGCCACCACCACCACCACCACCAGCUCCACGGCUCAGCAUCUGCUCCAGGCUCUGGAUACUGGAGCUCAGAUGACAACCUGGAACGGGAGCUGUGUCUCUACCACCCUCACCACCACCAACCUCCACCCUCACCCUCCCCCUCCAUUUCCCCCUCGCCUAUUGCCAUGACAAUAAGCCGAUAUCCUGGCAACAACCCAGACAAGUUCCCCCAGACUCCCCUCCCCAGUCUCUCCUCCUCGCAGUCCCAGCAGUACUUCAUGAUGGACCCUUACGGCACACUCAGCGAGCACACACACACCCACGCACACCAUGGCCACACACACCACCAUUCUGCACUCAAAGCCUCCCGGAGCAACAACGAUGUGAAGUAUGCAGCGUCGACAGCAUAUGUGCCAAUUAGUGGUAGCAGCAAUAACAGCGGUGGCGGUAUCGGUGGAGGAAGUGGCUCCUUGCUACCAGUGGGUCUUGUGGACGGGCCCCUUGCGAAGAAAGGGCCAUGGUCAUCAAGCCUAACGGUGAGCAGGGCCCGAGAGGUCUACACCAACAACAGCAGCCACAACCAGCCACGAGCCAGCGCAGGAUCCGGUAACCUAAACCUAGAUAGAGCUCUAGUCAAAUCUAAGGGCAGUCAGCAGCAGGAGCGCUCUUGCCAUUUCUUACAGGUACCUCAGGAUGAAUGGAGCAGCUUCUCUCCUCUAGGAAAGGAAGAUGACAUCCCCUGUCGGAGGAUGAGAAGCGGCAGCUAUGUGAAAGCCAUGGCUGAGGAUGACAGCGGAGAUUCUGAUGGAAGUCCCAAACCCUCUCCCAAGAUCCAAGCUCGGCGGGCCAGCUACCUGAAAGCCACACAGCCAUCACUUACUGAGAUGACCACUCUACAGAUUUCAGCUGAGCACUCCCCCAAACUGCAGAUCAGGAGCCACAGUUACCUGCGUGCGGUGAGUGAGGUUUCAAUCAAUAGAAGCCUGGACACCCUGGACCCCAAAACCCUCCUCGACCCCAAAUCACUGCUGUCCUCACCCCAAUACCGCUCACGCAAUGAAAGCUACAUGAGAGCCAUGAGCACCAUCAGUCAGCUGAGUGAGGUGGAAGUAAAUGGGCAGAUUGAGCAGGUGUGUGAGCAGGUCUACAGUGAGAUGCAGUCUCAGGCCAUGGAGGCUGCCAUGGACAGCAUGGACACCAUGGACACACUGCCUAUGCCGGGAUGCUUCCGGAUGCGGAGCCACAGCUAUGUAAGAGCGAUUGACCAGGGCUGUGGGGAGGAGGAAGGAGAAGGAGGGAGACCACUGCUUCUGUUACCAUCCUCCCCACCACGUACAUCUGCAACUACCGUCAGGACCAUCCAGAGCAGCACAG